AUGGCCGCGAUAUGUUGGCGGAUUCUUGAAAAGGAUAUCAGUUUUGAGUCUAGCGAGAGAAGAGCGAGAAAGGAAGCCGAGAAAGAGCGAGAAAAGAGCAGAGCGAGAAAGAGCGAGAAGGAAGAAGCAAGAAAGAGCAAGAAAGAGCGA